GCAGUGAGUCAGGGCCCGGAGGGCGGGGCCGCGCGGGCAGCUGCUGCUCGCCCUUGGCCCCUUAAUCCCCCUCGCGGGCCCUUCAACCUGGAGCAUCUAUGUUCCUGGCGCGUCUCCGAGUGUUGGGCUCUUCCCUGCUCGGAUCGCAUCGUAGGAAUGUCCUAACUGUGCCAGUGGGGAGAGCUUCACCCUAAGCCCGGAAUUCUGAGCCAAGAACUGGAAGUUGACAGCUCGGCUGCCUUGCUCCUGCAUCUGCCUUCUCUCACCAUCUCAUUUCCUUCCCCAGGAUUGUCAGUGGGUUCGCCCCGAGGAGAGCUGACUGCCCUGGGCUGUUGCUGACCUCCAGCAGAGCUGAGCCAAAAUGUCCCCGGAAUCUAAAAAGCUUUUCAACAUCAUUAUUUUAGGAGUUGCCUUUAUGUUUAUGUUCACCGCCUUUCAAACUUGUGGAAAUGUGGCGCAAACUGUCAUCAGGAGCUUAAAUAGCACAGAUUUUCACGGCAGUGGAUAUACCAGUAUGGCAAUUAUUUAUGGAGUGUUCUCUGCCUCAAAUUUGAUCACACCGUCAGUGGUUGCCAUUGUGGGACCUCAACUCUCUAUGUUUGCCAGUGGUAUAUUUUACAGCAUGUACAUUGCCGUUUUUAUCCAGCCUUUCCCGUGGGCCUUCUACACAGCCUCUGUUUUCAUUGGAAUCGCAGCUGCUGUGCUUUGGACAGCACAAGGAAACUGGUUGACAAUAAAUUCAGAUGAGCACACUAUUGGGAGAAACAGUGGAAUUUUCUGGGCCCUCCUACAGUCUAGCUUGUUCUUUGGAAAUCUGUAUAUAUAUUUUGCCUGGCAAGGGAAAACUCAAAUAUCAGAGAGUGACCGGAGAACAGUGUUUAUUGCCCUAACAGUGAUUAGCCUUGUGGGGACAGUUCUGUUCUUUCUCAUUCGGAAACCAGAUUCUGAAAAUGUCCUAGGAGAAGACGAAUCUUCUGAUGACCAGGACCUGGAAGUCAAUGAGUCUGCCCAGAACAAUAUGGCAAAGGCAGUAGAUGCAUUUAAAAAGUCUUUUAAGUUAUGCACCACCAAGGAGAUGCUCCUUCUUAGUAUUACAACUGCUUACACAGGUCUGGAAUUGACUUUCUUCUCUGGUGUAUAUGGAACCUGUAUUGGUGCUAUAAAUAAAUUUGGAACAGAAGAGAAAAGCCUUAUUGGACUUUCUGGCAUCUUCAUCGGCAUUGGAGAAAUUUUAGGUGGAAGCCUCUUUGGCCUGCUGAGCAAGAAUAAUCGCUUUGGUAGAAACCCGGUUGUGCUGUUGGGCAUCCUGGUGCACUUUAUAGCUUUUUAUUUAAUAUUUCUCAACAUGCCUGGAGAUGCUCCCAUUGCACCCAUUGAGGGAACUAACAACAUUGCUUACAUCAAACCCAGCAAAGAAGUUGCCAUUUUCUGCAGUUUUCUGUUGGGUCUUGGAGACAGCUGCUUCAACACCCAACUGCUUAGUAUUUUAGGCUUUCUCUAUUCUGAGGACAGCGCGCCAGCUUUUGCUGUCUUCAAGUUUGUUCAGUCUAUUUGUGCAGCCGUGGCAUUUUUCUACAGCAACUACCUUCUCCUUCACUGGCAACUCCUGGUCAUGGUGAUAUUUGGGUUUUUUGGAACUAUUUCAUUCUUCGCUGUGGAAUGGGAAGCCGCUGCCAUCGUAGCCCGGGGCUCUGACUACCGAAGCAUCUGAGCAGGUGCCAGCGAGGGGCGGCGCCUCGUCGGAGAACAUGGCAGGACGCAGCGCUCGGUGGAGGCAGCCGCCUUUCCUUUUCACAGUAUGCUGGAUCAUGUUCACUAUGGAAAGUCAAAGAAUUAAGACUGUUAAGUCAGCUAGAGCUGGUAUUCAAGUUUACAGAUAGGAGCGAUUUAAAACAAGUGGCAUAAGGGAAAGCUGUUGUCACUACAGUUGUUCAAAGAUACUGUUUUUUAAUUCAUUUACUCAAGUCCCUUAUAAUCAUGAUAGAAUGCAGAUAUUUUCUUCUCCCUCCUGUUCUUGUUGAAAAAUCCUGCCUUCAUUCAAAAUUCUGGCCAUAAAUCAUGUCAAGAUUUUUUCUGG